GUAGGCCCAAGAUGGCCGUGUAGAGUCUGUCAUCGAGAUCGAGAUGUCUGCUAGUGAGAAAGGAAACCAAGAACUUCUUCAACUCGACAUGAACUUUCGUGGAAAUAUUGUCAUAGAUUGUUAGCAAACUGUGUGAUGAUGUCACCGUGAUGUUGGUCGUCAUUUUUUGUGUGUGGUUCAUUCUCGAAGUUCGGAGCGAGGUGCCACUCCCGCAGAGUGUCCAGGUUGAUCGAGGACUCCUGACGUGGGAGUCUGAUUCCGGACUGGAGGACACCUCGUUUACCGUUUUGCAAAGAAGCCUUCGCUCUGAGAGUUGGACAGUCGUCUCUUCCUGCUUCCAGACGAACGCCACUUCCUGUAAUGUUGAGUCCAUCACAGCAGAAGGGGGUCCGGAAUGUGUUCAACUGGCUGUACGAGAAGAGCCACCGGGGGAGAGCUCUGAGGUUGCCAUUGCCUGUAGUGCGCAUGGGGGCGCCUGCACUCCUUUGGUCCGGUUGUUGGGGGCUCCUGGCGCCAUAACAAUCCAGCUGAGUAGGACUCACAGAGUGAUUGAGGAGCAUGGUCUUGACAUCAAACACCUAAUUUAUUUCGGGGAGGAAGGAGCCCCACUGGAGCCUCUGAACGGCAUCUAUUUAGCCUCUACGGAAAAGUCAGGACUGGUAGGGGGUCGGAACUACUGUGCCAGCGUCCAGUUUACUUUCUACGGCCGACCUGUGGGACUUCCCAGCUGUGCUGUGUGUGAACGUGUCCCCGAUUCGAACGGGAAAGAGUUAGUGAUCGUCAGUUGUGUCCUAUUGGUGCUUUUUUUCUUUUCAUCACUUGUUGCAUACUUCAUUCUGUUCCAACGACAGAGGAUCAAGAAGUGCCUUCACAUGCCCUACCACAUCCCAGCUGAGACGCUGGAGCCUCUAGCUGUCUCUGUGAAGCCCAACACAUCAGUGGAAGAGCACUAUGACAACAUUUCCACCAUUGGAUCAAUCUGAGGUCCGACAGGAGAGAGUUUUGGAUCCGUUUGGACUCAUGCCAGUGUGCGAUGACUGGAAAAAAAACUCGGUGGCUGGUGAUAUGAUGGCCAUCAUUGCUGCCCGCCCUUCACAAAAUGAUCAUUAUUAAAUAGUAUAAUCACACUAUUUUUUUGUGUCUAUCAAGUUUGUGUGAAAUUAAAAUAAAUCAAUGUCUUUUUACAA